AUGCCAUCUGUCUCUCCUGCCACCAUCCGCCUCCCUGAUAUCCUCGGUGCUAUGGACCGCUUUGAGCUCCGCACUCACCCCGAUGAGCGCGAAGUCACCCGUGCCUCGAACGAGUGGUUCAACAGCUACAACAUGAUGCCCCCGGCACUCUUUGAAAAGUUUGUCAAGUGCGAUUUCGGCCUCAUGACCGGCAUGUCGUACCCAGAUACCGAUGCUACCCGCCUCCGUAUCACUUGCGACUACAUGUCGAUCCUCUUCGCCUAUGACGACCUCAUGGACCUCCCCUCGUCCGACCUUAUGCAUGACAAGAUUGCCUCGGACAAGGCUGCCAAGAUCAUGAUGGGUGUCCUCACCCACCCCCACAAGUUCCGCCCAUAUGCUGGCCUCCCAGUCGCCACUGCUUUCCAUGACUUCUGGACCCGCUUCUGCGCUACUUCGACCCCAAAGAUGCAAAAGCGCUUCACUGACACCACCUACGAGUAUGUCAUGGCCGUCAAGAACCAGUGCGGCAACCGCCAGAGCUCUCGCUGCCCAACCAUCGAGGAGUACGUCGCUCUCCGCCGCGACACCUCGGCCAUCAAGGUCACCUAUGCUUGCAUCGAGUACUGCCUCAACAUCGACGUCCCAGACGAGGCCUUCUACCACCCCUCCGUGGCUGCUCUCCAGGAGGCUGGCAAUGAUAUCCUCUCGUGGGCCAACGAUGUUUACUCGUUUGACAACGAGCAAUCCUCGGGUGACUGCCACAACCUCGUUGCCAUUGUUGCCAUCAACAAGAACAUUACUGUUCAGGCUGCAAUGGAGUACGUCAUGGGCAUGAUCGACUCUGCUAUCGAACGCUUCUUCGAGGAGUGCGCCAACGUCCCUUCGUUCGGCCCCGAAGUCGACCCUCUCGUCCAGGCCUACAUCAAGGGUGUCGAGCUCUACCUUAGCGGCUCCGUCUUCUGGCACCUCGAAUCCGAGCGCUACUUUGGUGCUCGCGUCCAGCACGUCAAGGAUACCUUGAUGGUUGAGCUCCGCCCACUCGACGAGGGUGCGAAGCCGGCCUUCGACCUCAUGUACAAGCUCCCAUCCAACUUGACGCCCGAGGUCCUCAGUGCCGCUGCUGUCUCGGCUGCCCCAGCUGCGCCAGCUCCUGUCGCUUCUCCGGCUCCUCAGCCAGAGAUCCUCUCGCCGACGCCAAUCUCGCCCAUCAACGUCAACUUCCCUCUCGGCAACGUCGCCUGCCCGCCUCCUUCGUACGAGACCCAGCGCGUUCUCGCCAAGAUGGUGGCCGCGACCGUCGAGGAGAAGCAGCGCCUUGCUUACAGCCAGCCAGCUGAGCAGUACUACUCGCCCGCUCCCCAGUACUACCCAAGCCAGCCGGUUGAAAAGUUCCAGCAGACCAACGUGCUCGAGACCGCCUUCAAGGGAUCCAACUCGGAAUUGACCAACAUUCUCGUUAUUGCCUCCGUCCUCAUGGCCGGAUCACCCAUGGCGCUUGUCCCCUUUGUCCCUCUCCUCGCCCUCCUACUCCUCCCCAACGAGACCCCAGUGGCUCCCGUUGCGUGA